AUGUUUUUAACACCAACUACCUCAUCUACAGCGCCUUCAGUUAAUCUUUCAGCCACUUCUUGGAUGAAUAAUGGAAUGAACAGUAACACAAUUAUUGAUCAUACUACUUUGAUUAAUGAUAAUAGUAAUUCUCUGUAUGAAAAGUUACAAAAAUGGGUGUUAGAUUUUCAUGUCUCUCAUAAUUGUGUAAAUGCCCUUUUGUCAAUACUAAGAUCGGAAGGAUUAAAACUUCCAAAAGAUGCAAGAACUCUUAUUAACACUCCUAAAACGGGUGAUCACAAAAUUAUUAGUAUUCAUCCAGGCUCAUAUAUACAUCUUGGUGUUGAGUAUAUGAUUUCUAAAAUUUUGUCUUUAUAUCUUUGUGAUAUUGAUAACAAUAUUACAAUACAAUUAAGUGUUAAUAUUGAUGGCUUACCCUUAACUUCCAGCUCAAAAUCUAGUUUUGGCCUAUACUUAUAUCUUUUAUAA